AUGAGGGCCGGAUCGACCCUAGCGAUCAUCGGCUGCGGCCAAAUAGGAACAACAAUCUUGGAAGUGCUGCUUACAACGCUCUCGCAUCCCUGUUCGAAUCACCAGCAUCACACGCUGCCCAUGCUGGCGAUGAAACUGAAGCCAUCCCGAUUCAUCGCCUGCGUCAACACCGAGAAAUCCGUGUCGCGACUGCGCACUCAAUUCGGCCAUUUCUCUCGCAGCAUCUACCCCAAUAUACAGAUUUCCCAGGGCAGGGUUGCGGAAGCGGUGCAACAAGCCGACAUAAUCCUGCUCACAUGCCGGGCCGGCCAGGCAGCGGAUAUCCUGACAGACCCGUCGCUGCGAGAACAUCUGGCGGGCAAACUGCUGCUGAGUACAUGUGCCGACCUGUCCGUGCAACAGAUCGAGCAGCUUAUUUAUAGCGAUGCCGCUGCUGAAGGCAGCGAAGAGGAAACGAGGUGCUUCAUCGUACAAGCCAUGCCUAACACUGCAGCGAGUGUGCGCCAAUCGGCAACGCUGAUUAGUGAAACGAUUGCGGGAGCAGAUACAACGCUCCCGCCUGAUUUGCAGAAUUUGACUACGUGGAUUUUCUCCAGUAUUGGCACGGUGACCUAUGUGCCUGAGACAAUGGUAACUAGUGCUUCGAUGGUGAGCGGGCUGGCUCCUGCUUUCUAUACAGUUGCGCUUGAGGGUAUCGCCAAGGAAGCCAUGGCGAGGGGGCUGAGUGAGCCCGAUGCAUUGCUGUUGGCAGCACAGGCUAUGAAGGGGACGGCGGAGAUGGUGCUCUCCAAGAAGGAAGAGAACAAAGGUUUGUUUGCCGCUGAUGAGGUCAGAGACCGAGCGGUCGCUUCCUCUACUGGGAGUGGUGCGAAGGGCGUUGUUUUACUGAGACAAGCUGCCGUGAAGGGCAGCUUUGCAGCAGCGAUGGGCCAGGGAAUGGAGAGGAAAGAUGCAGGGGAAUACACCUAUUCGAACUGGUAG